GUACAUCCCGCCAGCUGAGCUGUCGGUGGUACGUUUCCUGGGAAUCCUUGUGUUUUCAGCGCCCCUGGUGAUGGCUAGUGGCGAGAAUCCGUUCGGAACAACGGGCGUACGGGCACUACUCGUCCUGCGGGGUCUACUGGGGGCAUCCAGCCUGUUCCUGCGCUUUUACGCCAUUCACUACAUGCCCAUUGCCGACGCGUCCGUCAUCAUCUUCAGCGUGCCUGUGUUCGUGUCCGCGCUGGCGAGGAUCUUUCUCAAGGAACCGUGCAGUAUCUUUCAUCUGGCUGCUGUGAUGGUCACCGUGGUCGGUCUGGUGCUCAUUACAAAGUUGCCAAUAUUGUUCGGCGGACCUGCUGAAGGAGGAUAUCCUACCGAUACCCGUGGACUGGUGGCUGCUCUGUCUUCGACUGUCUUUGGCGCGAGCGUCUACAUCGUGCUUCGAAGACUCCGAGACGUUCACCACUCUGUGAUAAUGUUUAACUUCGCGUGGGUCGCUAUUCUGGAGACUGGCGCCAUCUCGUUACUGACUGCGGAGCUGCUGCUUCCACGAACUGUAUUCGACAGCUCGCUCCUCAUUGCUUUGGGCGCUUUCAGUUUUGGUGGGCAACUGCUUCUGACGCGUGCCCUGCAGCUCGAACAGGCUGGCCCCGUGUCCAUGGUUCGAUCAGGUGCCGACAUAAUCUUAGUGUUCGCUUGGCAGGUGGCGUUUUUCGGCGAGGUGCCUGACGCCUAUACUAUUUCUGGCGCCGUACUUGUCAGUGCUUGCGUGCUUUUCACGGGAUUACGAAAAUGGAUUGACACCCUUCCGGAGAACUCAGUCACACGUGCUAGGAUGGCGUGGCUACUGUUCUAAAGAUGUCCAACCGGCUCUCAUCUCCGUGGUCUAUAUCA